GCGGGCCGCCACCGUCGCGUUACCUCAUUGUGCGCGCCGCCACACCUUGGGCCAGGGCCACCUUUAGCAAUCGCCGAAACGGUAAUAGGGACGGCGGCGACGCUGACGAUGCUUAGGGGAAGUAGGAUCAGGGGGGGGACGCAUCGAUCCCCAAUCGCCCAUUGAUCGCCGAUAGGGGCCCGAUAGCCCGCCCCGCCCAGGAACGCGCGGAUUCGCUAUCGGAGCCUAUCGCCGACCUAUGGACAAUGCAUCGCCGAUUCCGGGUCGAUGUUUCCCCCCCUGAGCCAGUCCCCCCCUACCGUUCCCCCUCAGAUGUUCGGAAGACAAAGACUUCCAACGCCUUGGCAGAACAGCUGGAACGGCCUCGGGAGGUUGUUUUUGGGUUCCUGGGCCAUCGAGAGACGAUCCGCGACGGAAGUCGGGUCCGGCGACGGGGUCGCGAGUUGUGGGGUCCCCCUGUCAUGAAAAAAUGCGACGCUGGAAGUCUGGGUAGGUGCUGGCGUUUGCGAUGGCGAGUGCCGCCUCGGCCGCUGCCGGAGACGCUGGCGCCGACCGUUGCGCGGAGCCAGAGCAGGGCAGCCAGGAUGUGGCCGAACAGUUUCGGCUGUCUGCUGCGGGGGGCACCGACCCCUGCUCUGCGCAGGUCUUGUCGACGGCGUGGCUCAUGUUCCCGUACGGGAUGGGCGCGAAGCUCAACAAUUACGUGAACGAUUUGCUGGUGGCGAUGCACAGGGGCCAAUCGUUCGCGGUCUGCGUGGGGCCCGAUGGUGACCUGUCUUUGGACCCAUAUUUUCGCGACGUCGGAUUGCCGCGCUGCCUUCACUGCAAGGGUCCGCAGCUGGACUUGUUGGACGAGUUCCCCGUCCUGAUGUACGGCACCAUCUCCCGCCGCCGCACGGAGGAGGUAAAGGCGUUGUUGUACCAGACGCUGUUCCAGCCCACGGCGCUGCUGGACUCACUCGUGGGCGACCUCGCGCAGACGUUGGGCAUCUCCUCCCAGAGGUACGUGGGCGUGCACGUGCGCCGGAGGGACAAGUGGCGCGAGGCGCAGCCCGUACCGCUCGAGGCAUACGCGCACGUGGCCACCCACCUGUGCGGGGUCGUCAACGCCACGAGGGUGUACCUGGCGACGGACGACCCCAACGGCACGGAGGCCAGCCUGAGGGCGCUGCUGGGGCCGGGCAUACUCGGGGUUGGUCGUGCGGGCCGCGCCGCCCGAGUCGCUCGAGGCACGUGGCGCCUACACCAACCACCAACGCGUCCGUGCUCGUCCCGGUGCUGACCGACAUGGAGAUGUUAACCCGGGCGGCCGCCUUCGUGGGCACCGCCAGCAGCAACGUUGGCCGCUUCGUCUACUUCCGGCGCGGGGCUGGACGGCUCUCGGUGUCCCUGGACGACCACGGUGACUUCCUCCGAAGGCCGACGUGAGUGCCUGCCCGCCGCUUGCAGGAGCGCCAGGUGUUCUCCAGUGGUCGCUGCGUGCCUGUCGGCUUGCUGCAGCACCACAUUGGGGUGUUGGUAGCCCCUCUACUUGCCCACGCAGGCGUGUGCUUAAAAGUGUUUGGGCAGCGUGUUGCUUGAGCAUGUCCUUUGUGUUUUGCGUGUGCGCCGCAUGAGGAGUAGAAAGCAAGUAACGAUACGGACAAUGACAUUCAUAAUGCACGAAUGUGGGAAGAUGGGAA